GGAAAGUGUACGAUGUAGAACACCAAGUUCAUUGCUUGUGUUCAUCACAUUUAUACCACAGCACCCCUCGCUCUUUCAGACUUAUCUUCUUUCUUCCUGUACCUACGACUAAAUGCGACCAUGUAAACCCGGCUUCCGCGUCUGUACGCCGAAUAGCGCACCACCAUUGUCACUGUAUCGCCAGCCACCCCGACUUCAGUCUUCUCUGCACACUGGGCCGGUUCGCCCAACAGGACCCGUCGCACGGUCAAGGCUUCCGAGUCCAUCAUGUUCGCUCUGGGCAGGCUCUACUUGGUCGCCUGCUGGAGCUACAUACUCAGCUUCCACCUCACGUUCACUUUGCUUACGCUGGGCGGUGCCGAGCGGGCGGCGUUGCGGCAGCUCGAGUUCCAAGAGUUCGCGACGCUGGAAUGAUAGGCAGCGCGGAGACCAGUUUGCGAGGGCGGCCAAGGUGCAAGGACUGAAGAGUCGGGCGGCGUUCAAGCUGUUACAGAUCAAUGAUCGAUACAGGCUGUUCAAGCCCGGGAUGACGGUGGUGGACCUGGGCUUUGCCCCGGGGAGUUGGAGUCAGGUAGCAGUGGACUUGACAAAGCCUCGCGGCCGAGUGCUGGGCAUCGACCUUCUCCCAGUCCAACCGCCCAAAGGCGUAUCGACGAUCCAGGGCGAUUUCCUGUCACCCGACGUCCAAGCCGAAAUCAAAUCAUUCCUGCGCGAUCCGGAACGAGGCCGACCGCGUCUUCCACUUCCUUCGGGCGAUCCGACGACCGCCGUCGCGGACGGCCAUAUCGAUCAAAGCCUGCUGCUCGACUCCGAAACAGGCUACAUUGAGCGCGAGAGAAGAGACACCGCAGACGAGGAGGGGGAGGCCAGCAAUGCAGCAGAAGUACAUACAGACCACCUCGACAAGUCUGUCGACGUGGUGCUGAGCGAUAUGUUGAUGAACACGAGUGGGAACGCAUUUCGCGAUCACGCCGGAAGCAUGGACCUCUGCCGAGCAGCCCUCCGAUUCAGCUACGACACACUCAAAGUUGGCGGACACUUCGUCUGCAAGUUUUACCAAGGCAUUGAGGACAAGGCUCUCGAGAAGAGCCUGAAAGCCAUGUUUCACAAAGUGCAUCGUGAGAAACCCGAGAGUUCACGGAGCGAAUCGAAAGAAGCAUACUUUGUCGGCAUCAAGCGGCUUGCCAAGGUCGAUAAAGAGGCUGUGUUUGCAGAAUGAUGAACCUCAGUCGGAAACUCAAGACUACAAUACGAGACUAAAGAACUGGAAGAGCAGGAGACCGGCUCAAUUUGAGUCUUCUUCAGUAGCAUUGUUUGCUAGGAAGGCAAGGCAUGCCGGAGAGGACAAUACACUUCGCUGGAUAUUUUAUACAGAUGUCGCGACAUAUACCUCGUGUACACUCUAUCCAACCUCUUCUGGCCCUUGGUAUAGGGUGGCCCGAGACCAGAACACAACAGCCUAUCGCGGCAGCUCUCACCAUCAUCCUAUCCCACUUGAUCAGCGCGAAUCGAAUCGGACGUCGAAAGGCCUGGCUGGCCGAAGAUCCCGUUCAACAAAUCAAAUCAUACCAAUUCGCCCUCGUCGUCAUCGUCCUCAGCCAUCUCAUCCUCGCUGAACUCUAUAUCGGCAGCCGCCGCCUCAGCCGCGCGCUGGACCUCCUUCAACCCGCUCAAUUCCUCAACAUAGUCCUUGUCAUUCAGCGCCUUCUGGACAAACUCCCAGCCAUCACUCUCGUACGCGGUCAACACUUUAUCCGAACAAGCACUGCAGCAGUCAUAUGCUUUGCCGGCGAUAUUGAUGUUGGUAAAGUUGGACAGGAACCCGCGGAUUUGGUGUGGUACCAAUCCGAGUGGAUGGUCGCCCCUGUCCUCGGACGGAGAUGUGGACGCCGGGGCUGCAGCGCCCAGUGGAUGUUGGAGGACCGAGAUGAGGAGCUCGACGAGCAAGGCGGACGCGAUGGCGGCGAUGCCGGGUCUCGUCACUGUGCAUUGUUGGUCGAGCGUUAGGUCUUUCAUGGAGUCGGCGGGUGCGACGACGUCGUUGCAGAAAUAACAUCCCAAUUCGUCCUGUUGUUGUUGCUUCUUCUUUUUGCCCUCAUUUCUCCGGCUAUCGCUGUUGGCGCUGCUACUGAUACUGUCGUUUUCAUUGUUAUUUUCAUGGCGUGCCCGUGGUGGUAUUUGUUGUUGCGGCUUGACCCCAUGUCUCAUAACAACAUAGGUAUCAAAUCCCAGAGCGGCGUUCAUGACCA